AUGGAGUUCGAAUUCCGGCGUCGCGACUAUAGAGCUGAGCAUGAAUCUCAACUCCUUCCUCGUUCACGAACUCUCAAGCACCCUCUUUCCUCUACACUUGCUUCUCGUCAACAACAGGCUAAAACUGUCAGAGGUAGCGAUCUUGACUUCUUUGAUCCGUUGAUGAGGUUGGAUGUGAAUGCUUCAGAAGAAGAAGAAAAGGUUGAAGAUGCUUCUGUAUCCAUCGAAUCUGUAACUCAGGAUCUAAUGAAGGAGUGGAAAUCUCUUAAAAGAAUCUUGACGCAGCGGUUUCCUGUCUCCAAAGUGAUUUCAUUUUCUCCAGUAUCAAAUAUAAUAAUGAAAGGUUCCAAAGUUGAGAACCCUUCCACUCUUCCGCAUUUGGAAGAAACAGGCAGCGAACAAACUUGUGUGGAAGAAACUGCCAAAAUGAUCAACCAACAGGACUAUAUAGCCAAAGUACACGAGCUAAGAGAUGGAAUUACUUCAGCUUGGCAGGGUGGAGAUCGAGUAACGUCCUUGAAGUUAUCGAUAAAGGUGACAAAACUUCUGAUGGACACGACAGUUUUGCAAUUUUAUCCUACAGUCUUUGUCAUAGUCACUGACAUGCUAGAUAUGCUUGGGGAUAUGGUGUGGGAGCGGAUCAAAGAGAAAGCAGAACAUGAUGUAGAUGGAACACUGAUCUGCACCUUACUGAAUGAUUUUCAAGCAAGUGAUAUCUGCCUCGAAGCGAGAGAGACUUGCUAUAACUGGUUUUGCAAAGUUGGUUCUGUUCGAGAACUUCUCCCUCGCAUUUACCUGGAGCUUGCAAUUUUACCUUGCUGGCGUUUCCUCGUUAAUCAACCCUUGGAAGUUGUGGAUCGUUUAGUCAUGAUGGUGAGAGGUGUUGCAGAUACUCUGGCAUCUUUGUAUUGUCGUCUUUAUAUGGUGCAUCGUAUGCAGAAGUUGGGUUUCUGCAACUCAGGAUAUCUAGUCAAAUGCAUCAAGGAUAUUGAAGAUGUAUUGGCGCCUGUUAUAGUGGACAAGGACGGGUAUUCCUAUAUUUCAGACGACAAGAAGUUGCUUUUUAGCUUGAUGGAACCACCCAUUGAGUAUAUCACAAAAUGCUUACUGCUGGUUGGACGUCAGGAGAACAAUGUCUUGGGCAUCCUUGAGGAGCUUGGAUUCGGAAAGAAUAACUCUCAGUCGUCCACCAGCUCUUCACAUGUGUCCAUUUUACUUCAUUAUCUACUCAAGGAACUUCCAUCUGAAUUAGUUAGUUCACAAGCCAUGGAGAUCCUGCAUAUGAUCAAAUGCAGCAAUGAUUGUUCCUUUAGUCAGAUUUUGAAUUACAGAUUACUUGGGAAUAGGUUGUGUGAAGGGAGUUCUCAAGCAGGUUUUCUCAGUUCACUCAUCAGUGAAGUUUUUCAGGCUGCUUCUCUGUACCAGACGCUAUAUGACUACUUAAGAAUUAUGGACGCAUAUGUGGAUCUGUUGUUGCAGAACAAAAUGGAACAUCAUCUGGAUGCUCUCUUGGAUGAUAUUGUGACUCUAGCUCGCGACAAGUUUCUUUCUGAAGAAGAACAAGCAAGUUUGCAAUCCAUAAUUUUGAAGCUGCUCUCUCAUUUCGAGGACUUGCAAGAAGUACUCCCUCUGAAUCAUUUCAUCGAGAUUUUGGAUCUUAUGUCCGGGACUUCAAAGAGCAGUGUGAAUAUGCAUCUUCUUGACAUGGGUACCAGGAAUGGCUGCAUAUGUGAUUCAACAACAGUGCAAUUGCUUUUUGAAGUUUCUCAGGCUCUAUACGAUGCUACAGAUUUCAUUAACGUAAAGGAUGAUGACAACCGCCAGACAGCACAUUUAAUUUCUCGUUUUGUUGAGAUGGUUGAUUAUGGGGCAGAAAUGGAACGCCAUUUGAUGUUUUUGGCAGAGUGUCGUGAGGCCUUUAAUGGAAUACCUGAACUUAAGGAGACACUUGUCCGCUCAAGCAACACCUUAGCAGUAAAAGCACUAAAAGCAGGAAAGAAGCAUAUCAACUUUGUAAAAUCUUGCCUAGCAUUCAGCGAAGUGACCAUUCCAUCUGUUUCAACUCCGAUGAAACACUUGAAUCUUUAUCUCGAAACUGCUGAGGUUGCACUUUUAGGUGGUUUGAUUUCUCAUUCAGAUGGACUGGUCAUGUCAGCUGUUGAGUGUCUAGAAAAUGAAUCGCUGAGAGAUGGUCCAAAAUCAAUGGAUGUGGAUAGUAUGGCCUCGGUGGUAUGCAAAUUGUGCAGUCUCUUGGUAAUGGUCCCAGGUAAUCCGGAGAAAGGCGUGGUGGAGAUCCUUAAGAGCAUCGUUUCUGCUACUUGCUCUAGUUCAUGGGCAAUGCCGAGACUGAAGGUGAAGAUAUUGUGCGCUAUAAUUAAACUGUCGUCCACACUUUUUCAGGAUAAUCUGCCUUACCGUUCUGCGAAUCCUGAGAUAAUUGGAAAUGAUUUGCUGUUCUUUGGUGAUCCAUCAUACAAGAAAGAGCUCGUCUCGUGUACUCAGCUAGUUCUAGGUGAACUUGUAGACGCUAUUGAGCAAGAAUCUUCUUCACAGAUUGCUCGUGGGAACAUGGCGCUUGAAGCUUGCAAUUGCAUAUCAUCAGCACUAAUUAUGAAUGAGAAAGUCUCACAACUUUGCUUGAGACUGUUCGAAAUCGCAAGAGGGUGUUUGGGUGCCAAGGACAGAUACAUCGAAUCGACUAAGAAAUCACUCAAGUUGUGA